GCUGCUGCCGCGGCUGCUUGGCGAGCGCACGCAGGAGUCCUCCAAUCUGAGCUGCUUUGAGCCACACUGUCUCAUCUGGCACUAUGAGGGCCGAUGAGAGCCUCUUGUCUUUCUAGGUCUGCUGCAGCUGCUGUGCGCACUGAGAGAGAGAGACACACACUCCUGCUCUGAAGGCAUGUCAACAUUUUGUUGAUGGUGCUUCGUGUCGCAAGCGGCCUGAAUUGUGUGAUUUUUUUAAACUCCCAUGCUCGUGUAAUGGUUGUGUCAUCAUGAUAUCCUCAUGGGUGCCUGUGAUUGUCAUGCUGGGGAUCUUUGUGAAUGGAGCAAGGAGUGAGAAUGUCACACGGCCAUGUGCGACGCUCCAGACGUCCAGCUCGGUGGUGCCCAUUGGAUCGCCUGUGACAGCCACCUGUGUUAUUAGUGAGGAUUGCCCUCUGGCCGUUGGACAAGCUGUCCAUACAGAGUGGCGCCUUGGUGAUCGCUUAGUUCCCAGCAGCCCCGUGGCCAAUACGAGCGGCAGGGUGUCCGAGGCUGUCAUACCAAGCUUCAAUCACAGCAGGGCUUUUCUCACCUGCAGCAUCCAGGGCUCUCCUCCUCAAGUGGUCGCCGGCGUUGAGAUCCGAGCUGGAUAUCCACCAGAAGCGCCACAAAACCUCAGCUGUCAGACAAACCUCACCACUCCCAAGAGGUUGACCUGUAGCUGGGAUGCUGGGCAACGGGAAACACACCUGCUCACAAAGUACACCCUUCACACGCAGAUACGUUAUUCAAAGAAGAACUAUACUUACCAAAUGCCACCAGGAGUCUGCAGCUUCAGCAUCCCUCGCUUGGACUUCGGCCUCUUCUCUGAAAUGAUCAUAUACGUCAGGGCUGUGAACGACCUUGGAGAGGCAACCUCAUCCCCGAUUACUCUGGAGCCUAUCAGUGCAGCCAAGUUUGACCCACCUGAGAUUGUGAAGAUCGAAGUGCCUAGAAAGUACGGCUGCCUGACGCUGCGCUGGUGUUUGUCGCGGCACCAGGCCUGGAUGAGCAAUCAGCGUAUGAACAUUGAAGUCCGACUCAAAACCGCUGACAGCAACGAGUGGAGUGAAGCAAUCCCUGUAAAUAAUAUCAAACCAUCGAGACCUGUGGACCAAUGUCGACUCCUUCACUGGACCCGGUAUUUUGCUCAGAUUAGAGUCAGAUUCCAGCAGAGCCCCUGGAGUGAGUGGAGCAGCAGCCAGUCUGGAGUCACCUUGGAGAGCGCUCCCACUGGACACCUUGACUCAUGGAUGAAGGUAUCGCAGGAUGACGUGACCAAACAGCUUAACAUCCACUUGUUUUGGAAGGCGUCAAAACAAUUCCGUGCCAACAGCCAAAGUGUGUCAUAUAUGGUCUCAGCACUGAAAGAGGGAAAGGGAAAGGUGUGCUCCACAAGAGAAAAUAACUGCACAUUUCAGCUUCCCAGGAGAGCAAAGAAAGUAUAUUUGACUGCAGUAAAUUCAGUAGGAAAAUCCUCCCCCACUGAAGUCCGGAUUCUCCAUCAUAAAGAUCGUGAAGCAGUAUCUCAUCUCAAAGCUGUUCCUCGGGAUAACAGUUCAUUUCUGGUAGAGUGGGAAGGUGCAGUCACUCCUGACCUCGUGGACUACGUAGCUGAAUGGAGACCUUUGCUGGAAACAGGCCUCUCACACAUCCGGUUUGACACUGCUGAGAAAAACCGGUCUAGCCUGGUCUUAACAGGCAGCUUUGAGCCCGACAAGCCCUACGGGAUCUCGGUAUAUCCUAGGUUUAAGGAUGGGAUAGGCCUUCCUCAGACUGUUAAUGCCUACUUGAGACAAAAGGCUCCGUCGAUGGUUCCUGAAAUGAAAAUAAAGAAGACAUGGAAGUCUCAAGUUGAGCUUACCUGGGGUGAAAUCCCAUUGGCCGAAAGGAAUGGGAUCAUCCAGAGCUACAAAAUCUUCUACUGGAAUGAAAAAGGACCUAUUAAUAUUGUAAAUGUGGAUCCUGCUGAGAGGAAGGUCGUCCUUCAGAACCUCAAACCACUGUCCCGGUAUGAAGUGUUCAUGAUGGUUAGCACGUUUGGUGGGAGCAAGAAUGGAACAACGACUGAUUUUAAAACGGAGCCCUUUGAUGCAGUCGCCAUUUUCAUGAUUUUAACUGGAAUAGGUGUUACCCUAUCUUUGCUGGUCAUUUUCGUCUUCCUGAAGUGUCUCUCUAAACACAAAAGGCUGAAGAGACGUUUGUGGCCAAGUGUCCCGGAUCCUGCAAACAGCAGCAUCAAACGGUGGACAUCGGAGUCAACGCAGGAUACCUAUCUUGGCUGUGACAGUGAGGAGCCCAACUUAGUCUACUUGUCCCACCUCAGCUUUCUGGAUCUUCCAAUGAAGCUGUCCAAAGAGGAGGACCUUUGGUCAAACAACGCCGAGGACACCAGUGACCUGGGAGAGUCUAUCUGUGGUUCGCCCUUCAUUCCUGGAUACUCCGGCUCGAACAGCGACUCCGUCCCAUACGCCACAGUCAUCUUCUCCGGUCCGUGCAGCAGCCCGUCGCCCAAAAAGCCUCAUGUGUACCUGCGCUCUGAAUCCACACAGCCUCUGUUAGAGAGAGAGGAAUCCUUCAGUCCAAAGUGUUACCAGAACAUGGUGACAGACGAGGUGUCGAGGGAGCAGUGUUUUUUUGGACCAAGCCACAACUGCGGCCCUGGAGAAGAGACAGGCCCUGACAUUCUCUGGGAUGACUUUCCCUUUCUGCGAGCGCUAGCCAUGAAUGAUAUUCAAAACGACUGAAAGUUCAUUGUUGAUUGUAAGAGCAACUGCUUUUUGUGGUGUUUCAAUGACGACUGUAUUGUGAUAAGAUGAAGCAUGCAGCUGUAAAUGUCAGAAAGAUUUAGUGCUGAAAUCAGGUUGAAAUGUAAUUUUUAUGAUACCUAUGCUUUUUCCAUGUAAGGUAUGUACCUCAUGUUUUUAAACAAAAUAAACUUUUUUUUUACAAAUUUGC